AUGUCUCAACAGCAGGCCGAUGUUAAAGAAACGCCCACAGAUUUUAUUUUAGAAACUUUCUGUCCGGCAGUGGCCGUUAUUGCCAGCGAGGAAGUUGAGAGGCAGUGCCAGAAAAACAACCUUUCCUUUGUUGAGCUGGUUCAGCCAUUUGCUUUCACAUCACAAGAUGGUCAGAUAAAAGAUGUUUCAAACAUUAUACAUUCCAUUCCAUCAAGUUUCAAAAUCAACUUGCAAGACCUUAACAAACCAUCCCUCUCAAAUCUGGUAAUAAAGAAGAAACUGAAUGAUCUUGUUUUCAAUAGUUACCAGUUUGUGAAGCAGGAAAGUGAAGUUGACAAGGAAAGGUCAAUAAUUCAAAAACCCAGACAGUAUACAUCUGUUGUGCAGUUCUAUGAUGCUCUGUCGAAGACAGCUUCCUCUAGAGAUAGAAAAGAUGGGGAGGAAAAACCCACCGACACCACUUUCACCAUUGAAUUCAGUAACUACACUCCAUGGUAUGCAAACUAUAAGAAAUAUUUUCUCGAGACCAUGCCUACUUUGGACCAUGAAUUUAUUAAGCAUUAUGUAUCUUGUAUCAUUGCAGUCUCAACAUCAGAUCCUAACCCACUUGAACAACUAAACAAACUCAUCUUAACUCUACAACAACACCAUCCAUCAAUGCAACAACAUCAACAGUAUACAACUCAACCAACUUCCACAACGUUAUUGAUGACGUCAUCUGGGGUGACCGCAGCCAAUAGUGCUGGCGCCUCUUCCACGCCACUUUUGUUACACGAAGCUAAAUGGUUCAUACCCAACAUACUCAGGUAUUACGUUCUUGUUCACGAUGUGUCCGAACAAGAAGAUAGCAAGGCUGAACAGGUCUACCAAUUAGUGAAGGACAAAUAUGGUAGUCAUUGCUGUCACCUGCUUCAUAUAAAUUCUCGAAAAAUUGCAAAGGACCACAGACAUCAACAGCAGUUACAUCAACAACAGCAACAACAACAUCAGCAGCUGGUAGAGUUAGAUAAUGAUGUUAACCUAGUUAAUAACCCAUGGCUGGCGCAUGCUCUAAAGAGGCCAUUCAAUGAUAGACUUUUGCAAGAAGUAGUAGAAGACUUAGGAAUGAUGAUGCCGGCCUACAAUCCAGAAAUUAGGACAACCCAACUGGAACACCCACUGCAGCAAACAACAUCACCAUCUUCAACGUCGUUGUCGUCGUUAUCAUCAACAUCCCUGCCUAACAAUAUCACCACCUAUGAUGAUAUUUCGUACCUCCACAUCACCUCUGUCAAUUUCUCAAAUAAUAACAUCAGUGCUAAUAACAACAACAAAAAGAAUGACUCUGAUGAUAACUACUGCCUGGAUGCAUCAUCAUGCGCGUCGUCAUCGUCGUCUGCAUCACUGCUUGCACCUUCCACUGCUUCUUCCUCCAUAAUCAACAGAUUCGUUUCCUCCAAAAGACUGAUGGGCAGUUUGAUGACGGCCAGUGAUCAGAACAGAUUGAAGGUCUUCAUGGAUGAGUUCAUACUACGUGCAUUAUUUCCUUGGGUUGAAAAAACUCUGAAAACUUUGAGUGAUCAAGUCUCAAUGAGGAAAGGUAUAAAGGGGUCCAUAUUCAAUGCAAGCAAGUGGUUUGGUCGAACAAAGCCCGUUACACAGAACGUUAACAGUUCGGUUGUCGUUUACUCGUCUGACUCUCCGGAAAUGCAGAUGCGAAGAAUCGGCGACAUAUCCCUGCUGUUUCGCCUCUACGACCUGGCCUACCAGACCUUCCACGCUAUCAAGAAAGAUUUCAACAGUGACAGUGCCUGGGUGCACUACGCGGGGGCCCUGGAGAUGGCCUGUCUGUCAGUGUAUCUGCAGGGAGGCCAUCAGGGGGGCAGGCAGUACCCCGGCCACUACAUGGAUCAGGCCAUCAAAACUUACAGCACCAUCACCAGACUGUUGAACUACACAACCAGGGCAACCAUCAUAAGUACAGAGAUACUUAAGAGUAAGAACCAGUACACAGAAGCUUCAGUGCAAUAUAUGUCCGGUACUACCGAAGAAUCAGAUCUGCUGAGUUCAUUGUUCUUAGAACAAACAGCUCUGUGUUUCUUGAAGAUGAAGAGCGUUGUUAUGCAGCGGAAGUAUGCCUUUCACAUGGUUCUUGCUGGGCACAGGUUCAACAAGGCAGGCCAGAAGAAGCAUGCAUUGAGGUGCUACUUCAAUGCCUUGCAAGUCUUCAGUGAUAAGAAAUGGUUCCUGGCCGAGGAUCACAUACAUCUAACCAUCGGUACACAGUCUUAUAAUGUCAAGGAACUCGGCUUAGCUACAGUAGCUUUCAUGAGACUGCUGACUCCACACAGCAAGCAGUCGGCCACACAACAAGCUGCUUUCUUUGCUCAGUAUCUCAAUAUUUUUAAGCAACAGAUGUUGAUGCUACCGAUGACAGCUGACAGAAAACAGCAGAGUCACCAUCUGCAACUUCAACAACAACAUUUAGAAAUGCUGCCACUGCCGAUCGUUGACUGCAAAUCAAUUAGAAUUCUUUGCUACCCUCAACAUUGUGCAGUGCUGAGAGGUGGCUGGGUCCGGGCGUCUGGAAUCUCAUUGGAUGAGGAAACUAUUCAAACUGACGAAUCAGAGUUUGAGGAAUUGGAGCGUAAUAUGUUAAUGAGGUGUGGUUGUAGUAAUAGUGGCUUGAAAACAACUGUUUAUUGCUACAAUCAAUUCACAAACAAUACUGAAAAUGUCGUUGCUGUCGUUGGAGAGCCAGUCACACUGGAGAUCAAGUUGAACAAUCCUUUGAAGAUACCACUGUGCUUGAAGAAUGUUCAUCUGCUCUGGAAGGUUCUAGAUGGUGGGGAUGAUGGUGAUGCCGCUGCUGCUGAUGAUGAUGAUGAUUAUGUAAAGGCGAACAUGAUUCUGUGUCAAGUUGUUGACGAGGUCAUCAUUGACGGCCUGCAGUGGAAGAACGUGCGACUGACGUUGAAUUCUUCAGUCGCCAGCAGCAUAAAAAUUACGAACCUUGCAUUUCAAAUCGCCCCUCCACCCCCCUCACUAUCUCCCUCACUCGCCACUCCGCAGAUGGAGACAACGUCAUCAUCAUCGGUCUCUCAACAGAUACAACCACACAUCGCACCCACAUCGUCAUGGCAGUUUUCAAAGAGUACACUCAGCGAUAACUUAACACUGCAGGUCGGCUGCAACAUUGAUGAUGUGACUGUCAGCAGAGGAGUUAAAACGGUUGUCCGUGAUGGUAACACUUCUACUGCCACUCUCAACGAUGUUGCUGCCACCACUGCUGCUGCAGACGCUAGUGCAGUGGCGUUUAGUGCUCUGAAGAACCGACUCGCCGAUUCGUCGGACUCGGUAGCGCUGAAGACUGACGCGAUCGUUACAAAAUCGGCAAGUAAUGUUACGAACGAUACUUCUACUAGCAGUAGCGUCAGUAAUGUAAAAAGUUCCACUAGUAAAAGUAGUCACACUGGUAGUAAUGCCACAGAUGGCAGUAGCGAAAAUGAUGAUAUUGUAGAGGAGGAAGAGGAGGUUGAUGACGACGAAGACGACAGUGGGCUGUUAAUCGAUAGUCGUAAAAAUGCUGUCGAAGCCGGUAUACUUCUUACGUCGAAACUGCUUGACCGAGGUAUGAUAUUCGAUUCCAGAUCGGUCGGUACCAAGCGUUUUGUCGAUGGUAGGGUUGGUCAAAGUGGAAAAACCGUCAAGUUCUCGGACCAUGUGGACAUCGAGUUUAUACCGGCUCUAGUUCGUAAUAAGCAGCCUGAAGAUGGCGAUGAAGAUGACAGCGAGGAAGAUGACGCUGAUGAUGGAGAGAGUAAAGAAGAUGAGGAAAGUGAUGAUGAGGAAAGUGAUUUAAGCAAAAGAGAGCUCAUGAGACAGAGAGGUUACAAAAGUGCUGAUAGUUCAAAUCUCCUGUUCAUCUUAAACAGCAGAAGUGGCAACAACAACAACGACAACAAUGGUAGCAACAACAUCUCUGCUAGUAACAAUUCAGCUGCUCAACCACGAACGGCAAACAAGGACAGUGUAGAAAUGACACAACAACCAAACAACCUCUCAAUGCUACAGCAACAUGCCAACAAACUAAUAGUAGUAGAAAAUGCCAACAACACGCCACAAUUGACUGACUUGGAUUCGCGAGCUCACGAUUUUUCAAACGAUACAGCUACCUUGCUAACUCGCCAACAGAUAACUCUGACAAACGACGAACAGCAGUUAGAUGUUGAAUUCAAAUUACUACAAAAUGACGUCAGCGAACUUCAGCAGAUGAGAAUUGAUCUGGAAGAUUCGAGGUACAGACUACCGACGAAGGUAAUAUUCCAAAGAGAGCAGGCGAUUAUUAAGAAACAGAGCGACCUGUCUGAGAGGCAGGAAACUCUGGACGAGAAACAAAGAUUACUUAACAACAGACGAAAAAAAUUACUGCUGCAACAAAAAGAGGAAUAUCAACGAAAGCUGCAACAUUCACAAGAACUACCAUCCUCUGAAUCAGAUGAUACACAUCAACAAAAACAUCAACAACAUCAGCAACAGCAACAGCAGCAGCUACAUCAGCAGCAACAACAACAACAGCAGCAGCAACAACAGUUAACUGUCCCAGGCUGUGUCGAGUUAUCAGUAAAUGGAAAAAGAUUGAAUAAAACCAAAGAAGAUAAAAUGAAUGUGAAAUACGCGAUAGAUAGGAGGCUGUAUUUCAGCUUCGUACCUUCUGACAUAAAAAUGGAGAUGUACAUGCAUAACUUUCCGUCAACCAUGCUAUGUGGUGAGGUGUCAAAAUGUACCUUUACAUUCGUUAACUGUGGCCUGAGAAAUGUCAAUCAAAUUUUCAUCACGUCCAAUAACAUGCAGUUUUUUUCGCUUAUGGGAGGAGCUUGUAGGAUCUCGAAAUCCAAUGAUAGUGCUGGUGAUAGCAAGAACACAGAUUUAAUAAGGGUACCACUGCCUAAUUCGAAAUCCGGACUCAAACCGGGUGAAACGAUGACUUUCACCUUGAGGAUUCAGUGCCCUCUGAAAGUCGGGGUCCACCCUAUUAAAUUGUUGGUGUACUACGCUAGAAACCUCAACGAUGUUGGCCUUGAUGACACUAAUUUACUUGGCAAAAAGAGAGCGAAAAAAUACCGAAAAAUGUCGCCUGUCCGCGGUGUUGUUGAAUCGAAAGCGAAUGUUGUCGGUAGCGGUUACGAAGCGGAUAAUAGUAGCAUUCCAACUUUGCGGAGUGUUGUCGAUAGUAAAAGUAGUAGCGACGCGCUUGAAAAUAGAAGUAGCUGUGCGCCAGAAAGUACCGUGACUUCUUUGUCGUCGUCGUCGAAUAUUAUCGGUGUUGGUAACGGUUCGCCGACCGAUUGUCGCCAAGUUACCGACGUGUCGUUUCCCACCGUAACGACGCUGAACGCAAAUACCAUGAAUAGAAAUGGUGAUGACGAUAACAAGUCUAGCAAUAAUAAUGACGCAGUUGUUAACGCUGGUGUCAGUGCAAAAGUUAGUAGCGCUAGUUACCAAAGUAAGAAAAAUAACUCUAGGAAGCUGAGAUAUCGACUCAUCCGGCAUUCAUCGACCAUAACAGUUCAACCAUCAAUUAGUAUCUACGCCACUACAUACAAAUCCUACCACCUGCUGAACUACGCCGAAGACGCAGGCGACGCAGCAGUUGCCGCUGCUAAAAGGGGUAACACAGCUGCUAACACAGCUACUGCAGCUGUUAAAACAGCUUCCACAGCUGCCAACGGUGACUUAAUUUCCGGCUGGGGUAAAAAUAACCCUGUUGGGGCUCGUAAUGCCGCUUUAGUUAAUGCACCAAAACGAUUGGCUGAUAGCAGUAGUAGAAGUAGUAGUAGCAGCAGUGGUAAUGUCGCUACUACUAAUACUACCGAUAAGGACGAUGAUGACGAUGAGUUGCGUGAUGACUACGACAUGACGAUAGUGAAGGUGAUGUGCAUUAGUAAAUCCUGGAAACUUCUGAAAAUGAUGAAACUCAAUGUCUUUUCUACUGACAAAGAUAGAGAGAGAGAGAGAAGAAGUAUUUCGGGAGAGACGUUUAUUAAACCUGGAGAGUCGUAUCUGUUGAAUUUAAGAGCCCGUUGGUCACGCGAACAACAACAUCAGCAGCAACAACAACUUCAACGAAAUACAACAUUUACUGACGUAUGCAAUUUUUCCAACAAAGAACAUGAAGACCUCUACAGUCUAGACAGCAUAGACACCUUACUAAAAAAUACAUCAUCAGGACAGUCUAAUGUUAAUGAUGACAAUAUGGAUGAUGAUGACGAUGAUAGGAAUUUGAAACAGACCAAUUAUCUCCUGAAAGCCAUCGAAAAUAGAUUUUUAUUGGUUGUCGUUUGGAAGUCUUCCCUGAUAAAAAGUCACACCUACAAGCGCAACAAAUACGGUUUCAUGUUGUUGAAGUUUUCGAGGCCUGACCUUCCAAUCAUUUGUCCUCCCGUUCAAAAGCCUCAGAAAGAAGUGAUGCAACUAAAAUUUUCUGACGCCACUGCGAAACAGCCAAUCAACGCCAUGUCGACGACGAUAACUUCCGGCAAAAAAAAAUCUAAAUAUGCCAAAACUUUUAGGCAAUUAUCUGAAAAAGAGCGUUUUCUGAUGAUGCAACUUGUCACGAUAUUUUUCAAUUUUAAAUCGCUCGUUAGGCACGAUUUCACCAAAGAAAAGUCCUGUACAGUAGUCAUUCAAAUAAACCUGCUCAAUUGUUGCAAUGAAGAUCUUAUAGCCAUCCUCGAUUUGGGACAACCCGUUGAAAAGAGAGAACUUACGAGCAGCCGUAGAACGCCGCCCUGCACGAGUUCGGCAGAUUCCGUCACAUCGGCAGCCACCUCCCCAUCUAACAUGGCCUCAUCCCAACAGCAGCAGCAGCAGCAAUCUACUGACAAACUCUCGAUAACGACGACGUCAACGAUUCUAUCGGCCAAUCAGCAACCUCCACCGCCCGCAACUUCAGCCAUACAGGUCUCAACUCCGAGGAAAAGUUUUUUAUGGGUCGGUAAAACUAAAACCCUAAUUCGACUGGCCCCCAACCAAACAAAAUCAGUGACGUACAGAGCUCGGAUAUUACGUCCUGGAGUAUUCGAUAUAAGCAACGUAUCGGUUUCCGUUUGCGCCACAAAGUUCGCGAUGAUGAAGAUGAUGAAGAGGAGGAUGAGUCGCAGUCGAAUAUCAUCAUCGAGGAUGUUGGCCAUGAUGAAAGAAAUGAAAAUGAUUGCCGACGAUGAUGAAGGUAAUGAUGACGAAAGCAGUGACGUCACAAGCAAUAACACAACAACAGUAUCGGCUGUAGCAACCGCAGCCAAACCGACCGAUUCUACGUCAUCGCUGCCCUCACUGCCACUACCUCUACUAAUGAUGAUGAAAGAAAAGAUGGGGAGAAAAGGGGAGGAGUUUGCGGGGCUGGAACCAGCCUACGACGACGUGAGGAACGAUCUGAUUGGUCAGAAAUCUUCUGGGGCUGUUCUUAUUACUGUUGUCGAUAGCAAAAGUUGUGCUAGUAAUGAUGAUGGUGGUGAUGUCUGCUGCUGAUGAUGAUGCUGCUGAUGAUGAUGGUAAAUAUACAUCCCGAUGAUAAUUGUUUAAAAUAAUAAUAAUCAUAAUAAUUACAACUUAGUUUGAAACCUAAGUUGUCUGUAGUAAUUGCCCUUAUUCCAAAUAGAGAACUCUUAAUAGUUAUUAUUACAUUUAAUUAAUAAUAUUAAUAAUUAUUGUUACGCAAUCACCGUCAUUAUUAUUAAUGUUCAGCUGAUUACUUUGUCUGUAAUUAUUAUUCUCAAUGUGAAUUUCGUAGAACAGGGGUGGGAAAACUGAGAACUAUUCUACGUUUAAAGGGCCGCAUAUGUACUUAAAUAGUAAAUUUUUACGAGGCUCAGAGGAAAAUUUUUUUAAAUUUGUUAUUACUAUUGAUUAUUAUUAGCAUUGCAAUUAAUAUUAUGACUAAUAUUAUUAUUAUUAUUGUAAUUAUUUUUUUAGUAAUUUCUUUAUCUUGUAACUAUCACAGUCACCACUAUUAUUAUUGGUAUUAAUAAUAUAAUUAAUAAUUAGUUGUUAUUAUUAAUUAAUUAAUUAUCUCUAAUUAUAGACGAGGCUUGUCUUGGUUAAUUACUCCAGCGACAUUCACACAACCGGCAAUGGUGCUUUUAUUAUUCUCAGCCAUCACUGGUAAUUAUUUUCUAACUAUUGUCGCUACUAUUACCAUUGCUGCCACCAUUUUUAUGGUUUUAAUUAUAACUACAUAAAUUAUAAUAAUAAUAAUUUUAUUAUUAUUACUAUAAAUAUAAAUGUAAUGUAGAAAUUCUGUGAAGUACAGCAUUGUAAAAAA